AUGCAGUUCGCCCACACUAUCAUUUCUCUCCUCGCCGGAGCCGUCGUGGCUGCGGAUAAAGUGUGCCCCAAUUUCAAGUAUAGCAGACCCUCGUGCUGCGUUUUGGACGGCGCGACUAGGCGGUAUAGCUGCAAAUUCCGUGAGCUCAUGUCGUCCACUUCUUUUAUCGUUCCAGACGAUAUGGCCCAAUUUAAAGAGCUCUGCAAUGACAUGGGCAAAGACCCCAAAUGCUGCUUUACCUCCGGCCGCUUGGGGCCCAGCUGCAUCGAUCCCACCGACGCUUGA